AUGAAAUCGAUUGAAACUAAAACACUUGUUAAAGUCUCAAUCAUCUUAAUUUUUAUUUCUAACACAUUUCAAAUUAUAGCAGCUUAGAGAUUACCAAUAAAAAUACCAUUCUAGUUUGCAAAUAAUCCUUCCUCCAAAAUUAAAUUGAGUGAAGCUGAUCUUAGAAUAAAACUUAUAUGUUAAGAUAUGUAAGUAAGCCCUCUUAAAAAUCUCAAAAAAAAAGAUGACGACGAUGAUGAUGAAGAUGAUGACGAUGAUGAUAAAAAAAAAUAUAGAAAUGAAGACUAUUUUUUAAAAUAAAAAGACAGAACUGAUCUUGAUUUCUAAUAUACAACAGAUUUUUUAAUAGGUUCAAAUAAAUAAAAAAUGACAUUAUUAGUUGAUACAGGAUCAUAGUAAUCAUGGAUUCCUACUAUUGAUUGUAAUGAAAAAACUUGUCCAAAAUAUAGUCAUUGGUUUAAUUAUUCUUAAUCCAGUUCUUACUCUUAAAGAAAAAUAACUCAAAAAAUCGAAUAUUUAUCAGGAGAUAUAUAAGGGUAUGAGGGCAAAGAUCUUAUUUUAUUCAAAGACUCUUAGCAAGGCUAAAUUUUAGUCCCAUUACUAUUUGCUUACAAAGUUGACUCUUUUAUAUUUACAAAUUUUGACGGAGUUUUAGGUUUACCAAAUAAAAUUAAAUCUGACUCACUUAUUGACAUCCUAUAUGAUUAAAAUUUAAUUGAUAAUCCCAGAUUCUCAAUUUAAAUAGCUAGAUUUCCUGAACCUUCAUCAGAUAAAACUAGAGUUUUAGAUAACAAAGACUACAAAAAUAUAAUAUAAAAAGGCGAUGAUGAUGAUGAUGAUGAUGAAGAUGAUAAUGAUAAUAAUAAAUAAGAAGAUAAUUAUUUGAAUGAUUAAUAUCUGAAUGAUAAAAACUCAUAUCUAUAUAUAGGACAAGGUAUUCCAAAAUAAAUACUGAACAAAACUAAUUGGGUAGAAACUACUUCAAGUAUUUAGUGGAAAACAAUCUUAAUUGGGUUAUACCAUAAUGAUAAUGAUUUGAUAGAUUAAUUAGACUCUCAUAACUAUGAUGUCUACUUCGAAUCAGGGACAAGCCUAUCUCUUUUUCCUGAAGAAAUCAAAGAAUAUCUUGAAGAAUUGCUGAUAAAAAAAGGAUGCGAUAAAAAAAAUAAUUAAGUUUAUUGUGAUUGCAAUUCGGAUAACUAUCCUAAGCUUCAAUUUUACUUGAGAGGAGUUAAAUUAAUUUUUGAUUCAAAUAUUUAUUUCAACAAAACCAAGCUCAGCUAAAAGAAGUAGUGCUUAUUUAAUGUCCUAACGUCACCUGAAGAUCAUAAUUUUAUAGUUUUUGGUAAUAGUUUAAUAAGAAAAUAUCUUUUGACGUUUGAUAAGAAAGAGCAAAAAGUAGGAUUUUAUAAUUCUUAAUUAGUUAAAAAUGAAAGUACGGGCAUUAUUCUUAUAUUUCUUGUUAAUAUUAUUAUAUUAGGAGGGUUAUUAUAUGUUAUUUAUGAAACAGUAAGGUAGGAAAAAACUAUUAAGGGAGAGGAAGAUGAAGAUUAAGAAGUUUUUUUUCAAGAGCUAGAAAUAUACUCUAACAGAUCAUCUUUUAAUUCUACUUACUCCCGAAUGUUUAAUCCUACUUUAUUGGACGAACAAUCCUUUAACGAAGGACAUCGUUACUGUGAUAUGAUUAAAAUUUGA